AUGUCUGAAAGAUUCCUCCGUGACCUACCCGAGAUUGAUCUCGUUUUCCCCAGCACUCCUGGACUGGAAGAUGUAGUCGAGUUCCUCCGAAACGAAACGUUCCAUGGUGCUGUGAAGCACUGUGUCCGUUGCGCCUAUUUUACUGUGAUCAUCGGCAAAAAGCACCCUGCAUUCGCCGGGUUGACACUCGACAUGGAAAGUGUUCUGCUGGGUUUCGAGGGCGCAAACGCCGCCCGGUAUUUCCUCCAGAACCACGCCGAAGCACCCAAGUGGGAUAAGCACCGAAUUCAGCUGGUCUGGGAUUCAAUUGCCCUGCAAACCACCCGGUCUAUUGCGAUUCGCAAACAGUCGGAGGUGCACCUCAUGACCCUGACGAUCGUUGAGGCGUUUCCCCGUGGUGAUUUGAUGGAAAGGGGGAAGAAGGUUAUGUGUGGCUUUUGCAGGGAUAAACCUGAGACGACGUACGAUAAUCUUGUCGGUGGCUUUGGCUUGCGCUUUGGGUAUGAUGGGAAGGGCGAGGGCAACGACGAGUAUGCGAAAGCGCAUGAGGAACAUAGUCGCCUAAUGGGACCCCUGUUUGCUGUCUGGGAUGAAUUUUCGAAGUAUGAGGAGUAA